AGGCCCUGUUUAUUUCUCCCGCUGAGGAGGCGAGCGGGGGCGGCCUGCAGUAGCUCCGCCCUGACGGCCGUCUCCUUCACGGGCGCGGAGGAGCUGCUGAUUGUGUUGCUAAGCUGGACACACGCUCUCCUCUGCCCAGACGUCUAUUCGGCUCGGCUCGGCGGAACUUCCAACCAGCGCUGCCGCCGCGCCUUGCUGAUCUCGGUCCUUCUUCGCUUCGGGCGAGGAGCGGUUCCCUCACCUGCGCCCGAGAUGGCUUCUGUAACAGAUGCCAGAUCUGGACACAAGGAUGUUUCGGACCAGAACUUUGAUUAUAUGUUCAAACUCCUGAUCAUUGGCAAUAGUAGCGUGGGCAAGACUUCCUUCCUCUUCAGAUAUGCUGAUGACACUUUCACACCUGCCUUUGUCAGUACAGUGGGAAUUGACUUCAAAGUGAAGACUGUUUACAGGAAUGACAAGAGAGUAAAACUGCAGAUUUGGGAUACAGCUGGACAAGAAAGGUACAGGACCAUUACGACUGCUUAUUACAGAGGAGCAAUGGGAUUUAUCCUGAUGUAUGAUGUUACUUGUGAAGAGUCCUUCAGUGCUAUACAAGACUGGGCCACUCAAAUAAAGACGUACUCCUGGGAUAAUGCACAAGUUAUUCUGGUUGGGAACAAGUGUGAUAUGGAGGAUGAAAGAAUCAUUCCUAUUGAAAAAGGAAAACAUUUGGCUGAUCAGUUGGGUUUUGAUUACUUUGAAGCUAGUGCCAAGGAGAAUAUCAACGUGAGACAGGUCUUUGAGCGUCUUGUAGACAUCAUUUGUGAGAAGAUGUCAGAGAGCAUGGAGUCAGAAGCUUCGAAGGCUACUGCGGGGAAGAAUGUGCGUCUCACAUAUCAGCCACCCCCACUGCAGCAGAAGUGCUCCUGUUAGUGCCUCAAAAAUCAGUAGGAAAAUUUUCUCUGAUGCAGGAAUGUUUUAUCAUCACUUACUGUCUUUAAAAAGGGAUGUGUCUGUGCUGGUGGAAGUAGGUAUAUUUGUUCAAUGUCCACAAAAAGCCUGUAAUAUAUUCUACACCAGUGUUUCUCAACCAUGGCAAUUUUAAGAUGUAUGGACUUCAACUCCCAGAAUUCCCAGCCAGCAUGGGUGGCUGGGGAAUUCUGGGAGUUGAAGUGCACACAUCUUAAAAGUUGCCAAGGUUGAAAAACACUGUUCUACGCUAUGAAUAAAAUAAAAAGUGGUUGUAAGUGCUAGCGUUCCACUGAGAAUGUAUCUUAAGGUUUAAUAUUUUCUGGUGUUAUCCCAUUCUGAAUUAUGCUUGACAUUCCUAAUAAUUUUAUUAAUAAUUGAGCCAGACAACAUGAAUUCAAACACAAUUCUGCAUUGUUUGCCACUGUUAAGACUGAAGCCACUGUUAAGACUGAAGUAUGUUUAAUUAUUAUUUUAAUGUAAGCAAUUUAUACCAUCAAUCAAGAAAUAGCAUCUUGCCAUAAUGAAGAUGCACAUUGACUGCAUGUUAAAAGGGAUUUAACAGCAGAAGCAGGUAACAGAACUGUUAGCACAUGCAGAGACAAUUUUAAGACAUUGCAUAGCUCCAUUUAUUUAUUUAUAUAUAUAAUUAUUAUUAUUAGGCAGUCUUUCUACCCUUAUCCCAACAUUCAGCCCCCAAAUACAUCUGGUUAUUUGGUAGUAAGUCUCACUGAACUCAGUGGUAAUUAUUUAUUAAGAGAUAUGUAAGGGGUUGUGCUAUAAAUAAGGUUGCACUGCUGUAUUCACUAUUAUCAGAAUAAAUCCAACUGGGCUUAACGAGGCUUACUCUGGAAACCUAAGUAAGAUUGUACAGUUCCAUAAAAUCUGCAUAAACAUACACAGCGUUCAUUUCAUUUCAGCCAUUCUAUGGAGAGUGAGUAAAAAAAAUCAGUAGACUGAGUGAAUUUUUCUCAUUGUGGUAUCAAUUAUAAUAAAAGUUUUAUUUUCUUGUAUGUAAGAUUUGAUGUUUAGAAGGUACUGUCUUAUAGUGCUUGUAGUGUACUUAUUGUUCUUGAUAAGUUUCUGACAAAAUAAAAUGUUAUUUGGUAAC